GUGGAGACACGUUAGAGUUGAUUGGAACAAUUUGUGCCCAACCUCAUCAUGUAUUCAAAUUGAAAUUAAACAAAAAUAACUUCAUAUUGCUGAAAUCCAAGAGGAAUUUUUGGCAAAAUGGCCGGAAAUAUUUCCGUGUCCGACUACGUGUGGGUACGGCCGGCCCUGAACGAUGAGUUUGCGAUACCACUUGGCGGCCAAGUGGCCGCCAUUGAACCAAAACGUAUCAAAAUCAAGACGGAUAAUGCCGGCGAUCUAUACGUAUCGAAAGAACAAAUUGUCAAAUUGAUGCACUCCAGCUGCGUCAAAGAUGUGAAUGAUAUGAUCACCCUCGGUGAUUUAACCGAAUAUUCAAUUUUACGAAACUUGGAAAUGCGCUACUACAAGAAGAACAUUUAUACAUACACUGGUUCUAUGUUAGUGGCUGUGAAUCCGUAUGAAAAAUUGCCAAUUUAUACAAAUGCUUUGAUUAGAGAAUAUCAAGGUAUUCCCAUGCAUGAUUUACCACCACAUAUUUUUGCUACUGGUGACGCUAGUUUCAAUAACAUGUUAAAGUCACGAAAAGAUCAGUGCAUUGUCAUCAGUGGUGAAAGUGGUGCUGGUAAAACCGAAUCGACAAAGUUGAUCCUCCAAUAUUUGGCUACAGUAAGUGGCAAGCAUUCAUGGAUUGAGGAACAAAUUCUCCAAGCAAAUCCGAUUCUAGAAGCGUUUGGUAAUGCCAAAACUGUACGCAAUGACAACUCCUCUCGUUUUGGGAAAUACAUCGACAUACAUUUUGCUAAAGAUGCCAUUGUUGGUGCCAAAAUUGAUCAGUACCUUUUGGAGAAAUCAAGAAUUGUUUCUCUAAAUGAAGGAGAGCGUAAUUAUCACAUUUUCUAUUCAAUGAUUGCGGGCCUUUCUAAAGAUGAAAAGAAACGCUUGGACUUAGAUGAUGCAUCACACUUUCGCUAUCUGAAUCAAGGCAAAAGUUUGAAAUGUGAAGGCCGUGAUGAACAACAAGAAUUUAACGAGAUUCGUAACGCGUUCAAGGUGUUGAGUUUCAGCGACGAAGAAACAUGGAUGGUGUUUGAGACAAUGGCGGCUGUACUACACCUCGGAAAUAUUAAAUUUAAAGGUCAGGUUGUCAAAAAUAUGGAGACUUCUGAGGUAGAUAAUGUGAAAACUUUGGAGAAAGUCGCUGAAUUAUUAAUGGUGCAGAAAACUGAAUUAGGCAAAGCUAUCACUCGUAAGAGUAUCAUGGUUUCCGGCGAUAAGGUGACACAGGAUUUAUCAAAAGAACAAGCUGCUGAUUCCCGAGAUGCAUUUGUCAAGGGAAUUUAUGGCAAACUGUUUAUCUAUCUCGUUGAAAAGAUUAAUGUGACCAUUUGUCAAAGUGGUAAUUUACGCAAAAACUCAAUUGGAGUUUUAGAUAUUUUUGGUUUUGAAAACUUUCAAAUCAAUAGCUUUGAACAACUAUGUAUUAACUACGCAAAUGAAAACUUGCAACAGUUUUUUGUCAAACAUAUCUUCAAAAUGGAACAGGAAUAUUACACCCAAGAGGGUAUUAAUUGGGAGAAUAUAAAGUUUAUUGAUAAUCAAGAGAUUUUGGAUAUGAUUGGUAUGAAGACCAUGAACAUACUGAGUUUGGUUGAUGAAGAAACCAGAUUUCCCAAAGGUACUGAUACUUCUAUGUUGACCAAAUUACACGCUCAACAUGGCAAAAACAAAAACUACAUCAAACCAAAGUUUGACGUUGAACCAUUUUUUGGCAUUCAACACUUUGCGGGAAGUGUUAAUUAUCAGAGCGUUGGUUUUCUAGAGAAGAACAGAGACAGCUUUAGUUUAGAUUUGAAGCAAGUUAUCGCAAGUAGUGCAAAGCCUUUGAUAAUAGAAAUAUUCAAGAAAGAUGAUCACGAUGAAGUUAAACAGAAAGCCAAAUCAUACACUUUAGCGUCACAGUUUAGAUCCUCGUUGGAUGUGCUGAUGAAGAAUUUGAACGAAUGUCAACCCUUCUUUGUGCGUUGCAUAAAACCAAAUGAAGAAAAGAGGCCUAAUAUGUUUGAUCGUGACCUUUGCGUUCGUCAAUUGAGAUAUUCUGGUAUGAUGGAAACAGCAAAAAUCCGCCAAGCUGGUUAUCCAAUUCGACAUCAAUUCCAGCACUUCGUAAAUCGCUUCAGAUUUUUGGUUAUUAACCUUGAUCACAGGCAAGAUCCCUUGAUAGUUGCAAAGAAAAUUUGUCAAGCCAAUUUCUUCAAAGGGGAAGAUUAUCAAAUUGGUCACACGAAAGUAUUUCUUAAAGAUGCUGAAAAUCAAUAUCUAGAAUCAGAACGACAAAGAAUCCUUUCACGUUACAUUAUUGUACUGCAGAGAAACAUCAAAGGUUGGAUUUACCGUCGAAGGUAUCAAAAACUUCGAGCGGCUGCUGUCACUUUUCAAAAAUACUUCCGUGCUCGAGGAUUACGUGCAAGAUUCUUGCGCAUUCAACGCGGUUAUCACCGCCUUCAGGCGAGCAUUCUGUCUCGGCAAAUGACUUUCAAUUUCAAGAUUAUCCGAGACCGACUGCGGAAAUUGCAAGCGGUUGCACGAGGCUAUUAUGUGCGUCGACACGCUAAAUUCGGCAAAAUUGUUGAAGCAGUUUACAUUAGAAAACACGAAGAGAAAACCUUAAGAGCACAAGGUAACAGAGAUUACAAAUACAUUGCGGAUACCAACUUCCAACAACGCAUGCAGAAUUUGGACAGAGAAUACCAAGUUAAAGCCCGGCCUGCACCACCACCCGAACCGGAAGUUGGAGAAGACAGUGAAGGAAUUCGCAUGGUCAUAGACAACUUUGACAAAUUCUUAAACGAAUACGACGGACAAAGCCCACAGCUGCAGCCGCAACACGCAAAGGAAGACCUCUCGGACUUCGCCUUCCAAAAAUAUGCUUCCAUGCAUUUCGCUCCAUCAACUACGGAUCACUUCAGUAAGAAGAGGUUGAGGGGUCCGCUUCAUAUUGGUCAUAAACUGCCGACACCUGACGAUAUUAUCGCUGCGCAAACUAUAUGGAUAACAAUUCAGAGAUUUAUGGGCGAUAUUGCUGAACCCCCCUUGGCGGCACCAGCCAAGAGACAAUCUGUAAUGUUGUCCAUCAAUCAAACAAUUGGAAAAAACUUUUCCAACAGGAAAGAGUAUCAAGAUAUUUUGAGGCUUGAGAAGAAAAUGGAUACUAUGUCCAGAGACCAACGUCAGAAGUACAUUAACAAAACAUUGAGGAGGAAAGACAGGUUGUUGGAAGACUUGAAGAGGGGUAUGGUUGAUGAUAAUGACGGAAUGGAAAUGUACACCGAGUGGACGAACACCCGAAAGAAAACUGUCGAGAAGUUGUACUUUAUUAUUGGGCACGGUAUUCUUCGCAAAGAACUACGUGAUGAAAUUCUAUGCCAAAUUGUGAAGCAGCUUCAUCAGAAUCCAAAUGAGUCAUCGCGGGCUUUAGGUUGGAUUUUAUUAUCCAUGUGUAUUGGAUGCUUCCCACCGUCUGACUUACUUUACAAUUACCUGCGUGCAUUUAUUCGCACAUCAGCACCACCCGCGUAUGCCGGCUACUGUGAAAUGCGUUUGAUUCGUACGAAAAAAAAUGGUGCCAGGAGUCAACCGCCGGCCGCCAUGGAAAUUGCCGGUGCUAAAAGCACACAACAGUUAACUGUCAGCGUGCAGUUGAUGAAUAAACAAACUAUUGAUAUCAACGUUGAUAGCGCAACAACCGCUAAAGAAAUGUGCGAUGAAAUAGCACGCAAUUUAAACAUUAAAGACAACGACGGAUUUUCUGUUUUUAUUACUUGUUGUGACAAGGUUUUGUCUAUUGGUAAUGAUAGCGAUCAUCUUAUGGAUGCUAUUUGUCAAUGUGAGCAAUAUGCGAGAGAAUUGGGCAAGUUUGAAAGAGAACCAGGCUUGUGGAAGCUGAUCUAUCGCUUUGAAAUGUUCACUCCAUGGUAUGAUGCAAAGGCAGAUCCGAUGGCAACAGAACUUAUUUACUGCCAAAUUAUCAGUAGUUUUAAACACGGUGAAUUUGGUUAUCCGAAUGAUGAAAUGUCUGCUACUCUGGUUGCGCAAAGAUACUACAUUGAGCAAGGUGCUUCUUUGAAUAUGAAUGUACUUGAUAAUAAGUUCCAUGAAUACGUCCCCAAACACGUCAAGGUUAGAAGUAAUUUAGACGAAUUCAAGAAGAAAGUAAUAGAAAUCUUUCUGAAGCUACCUGCAGUCAAAGAGAAACAGAAUCCAAUCAGGGUCAAGGAAAAUAUUGUUAAGCAAGCCAUGGAUGCCUUCCCGAUUAUGUUCUCAAAAUUCUUUGAAGCUAUAGUCGUUUCCGGUUUAGAUCUACCUAAGAACAGCAUAAUUAUUGCAAUCAAUUGGAGUGGAGUCUUUUUCAUUGAUCAGCAGGAAAAGAUAUUAUUGGAUUUAUCAUAUCCUGAACUUGUUAGGGUCACCUUCACACCUGAUGAACGAUCGCAAAUGGGCAAAGUCACAUUAUACGCGGUUACAAAUGAAGAGUUUGUUCUCCAAUCCCCGGAAGCACACAGAGUUAAUGAAGUAUUGAACAAAUUGCUGUAUGGCCUCAGACAAAGAUCACAAUAUUGUGUGGCUGAAAAAGAUUGCAAAGAUGAUGGAUAUCUACAAUUCAGACGUGGUGAGUUGAUUACAUUAGCAAAUGGCAUGACAGGAGCGGACGCACAAACAUGGGCCACUGGAAUAUGCCAAGGACGGCAGGGAGACUUCCCAAUGGAUCAUGUAAAUGUCCUACCAUGUCUUCAACCACCCUCACAAGAAGUCCUAGACGCUUACAAGAAAGGAAUGUUUACUUAUAAACACCGUAAGGGUGACACAGUGAAGAGAUUGAAACAGCAUACGUUAGUACAAUACGCUGAAGAGAAUUACAGAGCUGCCCGACGUUUGACAGAACAAACUUCUUCAGUAUUGGGCACUAUUGCAGCAAAGCAAACUGAAGAACUAUGGAAAUUCACCGCAAAGCCAAUGAGACAAGCAUUACUAAAACGUGUUUUAGAAGAUCCCGAUCGUAGUUUGAACACUAAAGCUUGUGAAGUGUUUAUGAAUAUUCUAAGAUACUUGGAGCUUACACCUGGUAAACAAGGUGAAUCCGUGAAGUAUGCAGCGGCUACUUUUGAACCCUGUAUGGACAGUGAGCUACUACAUGAUGAAGUUUAUUGUCAGAUUAUAAGACAACUUACUUAUAACCCAAUGGAUCAAUGCGAGCGAAAAGCAUGGGAAUUGUUGUACCUUGCUACUGGACUUUUCCUUCCAAGUCCACCUCUACUUGCUGAAGCAAUGAAGUUUACAGAUUCACGAGUUCAUCCACUUGCUUCAGUGUGUCAUGAUAGAUUACUACAAAGACAGGCUGAGAAGCUGACAAGUAGAAAACGGCCACCAGUUGCCAUCGAGAUUGAAUCAAUUCAAAAAUCUCAUACAGAGAUAUAUCAUAGAGUGUACUUCCCUGAUGAUACGGAUGAAAGUUGUUUGGUGGAUUCGUUCACGAAAGCGUCUGAUGUUGCUGAUGAGCUCAAAGCCCGUCUCCAUCUUAAGUCAGUUGCUGGUUUUAGUUUGAUUGUGGUUGUGGGUGAGAAGGCAUUCUCAAUGCCAAGUGAUUCGUAUUUCUACGACUUCUUAUACGAAGUGUACGAAUGGUUGAAUAGCAUCUCCACACAACAAGAGUACACUGUUGCUGGUAUUCAAAGAGUCAAACCGCAAUUGCUAAUAUUCUUCAUCAAAAAGUUAUGGCUUGAUGGACAAGUAGGUGUGGACCGAAAUGCUGACACGAUAUUCCACUACAAUCAAGAAGUGCAGAAAUACCUCAAAGGUUACCAGAAAUGUACUGAAGAAGAAGCAAUUCGUUUGUCCAGUUUGAUCUUGCGAAUUAAAUAUCCCAACCCGUUAAAAGAUUUGCCUAAUGUACUUGAUCAAAUUAUUCCAUAUUACAUCAAUAAGACAAAGAAUUCAUCGUAUUGGAAGAAAGCGUUGGCUGACGGUUAUCAAAAAAUUGCAACGAUGGAUUAUGAUGAUGCAAAGAUAGCGUUUUUAACAAUUGUAUCGAAGUUGCCAACAUUUGGAUCAACAUUCUUUGAUGUGAAAGAAGUGCAGCAGAGCGAACCGGAGAUUAUUGCUAUUAAUCGGAAUGGAGUACAUAAAUUAAACUCGGUGACAAAGGAUAUUGUGAUGACCUAUAAACUGUCCGAAUUGGUUAACUGGUCUUCUGGAAAUACGUUCUUUUCGUUAACCGUCGGCGAUAUGCAGCGGACAAGAAAGAUUUUAUGGGAAACCACGCAGGGUUAUAAAAUGGACGAUUUGCUGUUUUCCUACGCAGAAUUUGCAAACAAACCUGCUAAGAAAUCCGAACAAAUAUUUGAUUUUUAAACUAUUAAGCUGUGUACUUUUAACGAUAAGGGUGUUGGGUGUAUGUUGAAAUGUUAUUAUAAACUCUAUUUCAAAUAAGUAUGAACUAAAUGUCAAAUACAUUUACAAAAUUUAAAAAUUA